CAGGAAUGUCGAGAAAAUGAAUGGGAAGGAAAGAAUGAAAGAGGACGUUAUUUCAGAUGAUGACUUUGUGGACACCAGGAAUGUCGUGAAAAUGAAUAGGAAGGAAAGAAUGAAAGUGGAGGUUAUUUCAGAUGAUGAAGUUAAAGAUGAAGUUACUUUAAUCAAAGAGAUUAUUUCAGAUGAUGAAUUUGUGGACAACGAUAAAGAAGGCAAAAAAACUGCCGAAACUUUAAGUGAAAAUUUGCGCAGAGAACUGAAGAAAAAAAAGCGCUUCCGAUCUCUCAGUACAGUUCCCACCAAAAAUCUUGAAUCAGAAGUAGAAAAAGAGUUGUCUUCAAAACGAAAGCACACUGUAAAACCUCAAAAAGCGAUCAAUCCUCUCAAAGAAAUAACUUUGACAGAUCCUGAUACCUCAAGUUCUUUUUCACCAAGAAAAAGCGAAAGAAUAGCAGCAAACGAAUCUAUUCUGGAGAAAAGCAGCAUAUAUUUUAGUCCUGGUGAAACUGACCCAAGGGUGAAAGCAAUUGCUGCAAGAACGAAAAGCGCAUUGCUAUCUUGUGAUUCCGAGUUAAAGGAACGAGCAUCCAAAGGAGAGAAUUUCAAAAAAUGGGAUCGAUUGUUCAAUGUUUUCGGUUCAAUGAUAGAAGAGAGGGAGCUUACAACUGAGGAUUGGGAGGAUUCUGCCUUAGUCUGGAAAUUCGAUAAAAAUGUCAUGGAUCCUCGACUGCUUGAAGACUCCUGUAGCGACUCCGAUGAAGAGUUUGAGAUUGUCAAUCCAGACGACAAAUUCGAAAGAUCUUCUAAAGAAGCCAAUGGCAAAGAACUAGCAGACUUUAUAACUGGUCAAAGCAAUACGAUAAAAAAGAAGCUGAUCCAACCUCGUGAAACCAAGACCGCUGCUCACAUUUCCGGUUCAAUGUCGGCAGAUAUCUGCCAGGGAAAAUUCUCUAACUACAAGAACACCAUGACAGUAAAAGUGUUUGGAUUGGACCUUAAGUUCAGUACAGAAUAUCUUGAUAUCCUGAAAGCCAUGACAGGAGUUGACAUGAGAAGAAGUGCCGUACCAGAUACAGAUCAAUGUGGCUGAAACCGGUGUUUCCUCUACAGUUCAGAUUCUGAACGACUCUGGCAAGGAACUGAUAAACACAAGUAAACUGAACGACGUGUCACUAGUUAAACAGUCCACAUCUUCAGAACUGAACACCACCAUAAAGAGUAAACGUCUUUUGCGGAUGCUUACACCAGCUAGGAGGAAUCAUAAUGACUCUUCAUUUCUUAACAACUCUAAGGUUGUUAAGAAUGAAACUGAAGGAUUUGCAAAUCCCAAGUUAAAUACCAGCACUGAUUUUAACAGAUCUAAUAGGACUCCACUAAAAACAGAACCAAGUGAUCUAAACCUUACCUUCAACCGAGAUACAACCAACAAUGUGUCUUUAUCUCGAAAAAAGGCUUUUGUCAUGAAAAUGUUAACCCCUAUUAAGCCUACUAAACGGGAGGGUUUAUCAAUUCAGAAGCCAACCAAAUCAGAACCUCCUCCAUACGCAUGCUCUAGGAGUACAAACAGUAACUUACCUCUAAGAAUGCCACCAGGUGUAGAACGGUGUAAAUCAUAUCCUGACCUCUCUCGAGCUGGAAUAUCUCCACUUAAAAGAAAUCACAAUUCUACGUUAAAUGUGACGCACGAGGGCUCACCUUCCAAACGAAUAAGAUUCCAUGAUGAGUCGAUAUUGUCUUCAACAAGAAUUGACGAAACUGAUUGGAAGCAAGAUAAAAUGAAUGAUCAUUCUUACCCUGACGGAUCAGUCGAUCAUAGCUCAAGAAUUGAGCCCGUCAACCAUCGUCUGUCAGUAUACGGAGAUCAUGUGCAACACUGCAGUGGCCCAUGUUGUCAGCCUCCUCACCAUAGUAACCAUAGUAACCAACAGUAUAAUGCCAGUAACUACAGUACCAAUCAGCACCAUCUCCACCAGGGUCCUUAUCUACACCACCAUCUCGAUCCUUACAAUGCCAAUAACUAUAGUAUCAAUCAGCAACACCAUCAGCCUCAUCACCCUCGACAUUUUACUGUGACGUCAUCAGAACACGUGACGUCAUCAGAACACGUGACGCAUUUACAACCGCAUCAGCAACGCUCCCUACAGCACACACAUCUUACACAUCAACAACCCCUACAACAUCAUCAGCAGCUGCAACACCACCAACCCUACCAACACCACUUACCACACCACUUACCACACCACCCACACCACUCUUCUAACCAACAAAGUGGCAUGAUACACUCCCCACAUCCACACUGUACUGGUGAGUGCUGCAGACCACACCCUCACAUACCACACCCUCACAUACCACACCCUCACAGCGUGCCCGGUACUUCAAAUCACGGUACUCACCACAAUAGUCAUCCGCCUGUAAAUGGACGGUGGUCGGAGAGACCUAACCAGAUGCAGCGGCAUCUUCAAGACUCUAAACAUGAGAAAAUGAACAUUCCUGAAUCGAAAUACCUGGUAGCCAAAGACAGCUCCGGAUGUGAUAACACUGUCAAAAUUCCACUUGUUACUGAGCUGUUAAAGGGACUGAACAGCAGCAAAAGAAAACUUAGGAUAAAAGUAGAUUAUGAUGUUAAAUUGGCUGAUAGUGACGAUGAUGAUGAUAAAGAAAACUCAUACUAACGCUUGUAUUUUUUAGCAUUUAAGAUUAUACGGUUUGUGAUGUAUGUACAAGGUUGUAAAGAUUAGUGUGGUAGUAUAGUGACUUAAAAUUGAAAAUGCAUAUUCUCUAGGCUGCUCUCAAAUAGGUUUAACGAUAUUUUCUGGACUGUUAUUUGCUGAAGUAGAUGACUCCGAAGUGGAGAGGCUUUGCAGCAUCGAAGAUCGUUAUCUUUCAGUUAAUUUUACAUCAAUUAUAGGCUUUUUGUGUUUAAUACAUCAGAAUUUGUACAUGUUGAAUUUUGUGUCAUUUUUAACCAAAUGCAUUUGCUAUCUGAUUGUAAGUUUUGUCGCAUUAGAUAUUAAUUCAUGAA